ACCCCAUGGCUCUCUUUUAGGGGUACCCAUGCUUCGGUCAGGGAGAGUUAUGCCCUGAGCCAGAUGCGGGUCUUGUUCGUUGGCCGCUGGGACCCUGUCUGGUACCUGGGAGAGCGGGUACGUAUGCAGACGGUCGGGGUUUUUUCGGUGCCCAGGCCUCCGCCUGCGACCAUGCUGUCUACUCGCUCGAUAGGCGAGUCGUGGAGGGUCCACUCGAGGACUAGUGUGCCGGCGACAGAGUUGGUGAUAGAGGGAGCUAGCUAUUACCAGUUUAUCCAGGAUUCUCUUCGUCUCCCGGAGCCUGGCGCUGAGGGUCCUGACCCUUUGUUGGGGGGGAUGGGUGCUUCCCGAUGCUCGGAUCUCGUAUACCGGAGAAAGUGGAUCCGAGAUUGUGGAGACUUUCCCGGAAGACCGGGUUUUCCAUGCUCCGCUCCCUGAGGGAGUAGAGGCG